GACGUCAUCGCACGACUCCCAUUGAGUGGAGACACUGAUCAUAAGACCAGGACGCGUAUAAUCGAGCACCGUGUGUGUAUUUCCCUGUUUCCGAAGGCCAUUUAACCAUAUAGGAAAGCAUUUCAGAAGAACCGAAGAUCUGCACACGACCUGCGUUUCUCUCUUUGACGAAAGAGGAGGUGGUUGUUGGUGUGAGGGGAGAGAGAGUGUGUGUGUGUGUGUGUGUGUGUGUGAGUGUGUGUGCGCGUGUGUGUGAGUAAUGGCGGAGCAGCAAAGGCAGCGAGCGCUCUCCACGUCAGGAGAAUCGCUAUAUGUGGUGCUGGGGGUCGAGAAGAACACUGCACAAGAAGACAUAAAGAAAUCCUACAGAAAACUUGCUCUGAAAUUCCACCCGGACAAGAAUCCCAACAAUCCAGAAGCUGCUGAUAAAUUUAAAGAAAUCAACAACGCUCAUGCUAUUCUGUCAGACCCCACCAAACGCAAUAUUUAUGACAAAUACGGCUCUCUGGGCCUCUACGUGGCAGAACAAUUCGGAGAGGAGAAUGUUAACACAUACUUUGUAUUGUCCAGCUGGUGGGCCAAGGCGCUGUUUAUAUUCUGCGGUGUGGCCACGGGCUGUUAUUUCUGCUGCUGUCUGUGCUGCUGUUGUAAUUGCUGCUGUGGGAAGUGUAAACCUCAUCCUCCUCACUCAGAUGAUCCUGAUUUCUACGUGUCUCCUGAAGACUUGGAAGCUCAGAUGCAGUCUGAUGAGAGAGACGGCAGCAGCCCUAUCAUGAUGCAGCCGUCCUCUGCCACAGAAAGCACUCAGCUGACCGCAGACUCUCACCACACCAGCUACCGGACAGACGCCAACUAUUAAACACGGGACCACCAGUACACACAAGCUCACGGUGGGCAACGAGGGAUUAGUUAGUUGCAGAUCUUCUGUUGUAUUAUUGGAAAACCUGAAACGCUCCACUGUACAGGGCCAGAAGCGAGUCUUGAUAUUUGUUUGCCUUUUACAUCUGUUUUCCCCAAACCUACACACACACACACACACAUCUACACAACACAGACAAGGACUUUCCUAUAGUGUCCGUUCAGUCUUCCUGCUUUUAUUCCAUGAUUCCGCUUUCCAGAGGCUUUUGUUUGUGCGUCUUUCGUUCAUGAUCACACUUCAUUUGUCUGUGUGAAAAUCAUUUUAUUGAAUUUUUAUGUUUUGUCAUUGUUUUAAACGUAAAUAGUUUGGAACAGUAGAAAACUAAUCAAUGUAUGGUUAGAUGAUGGUACAUCUUUACUACCAUUGACGUUUGUGGUCAGUAAGUUUUUUUUAAUUAUUAUGAAUUAUUGAAUGAUGAUGUUUUUAUCCAGCAAGGACUUUAAAUUGAUCAAAAGUAACAUUAAUAGCAGCAUUUCUAACAUAAUCAAAUACUUUUAUUUAAAAUUCUGUUCUUUUUAAUGGUUAAUUGAAGACCAAUUGUAAGUUUUCAACAUCAAAAAUAUUAUCAAACACAAAAUCAGCACAUUUCCGAAUUAUUUCUAAAUAAUCUUGAGACACUGAAGACUGGAGAAAUGUAUGGAAGCCCAUAAUUCUAACCUCUUUCUUACAGUUUUGAGUUUGUGUCUCAAAGUUCUGACUUUUCUCUUGCAAUUCUUGAGUUUACAUUUCACAAGUAACUUAUUUUACAUCAUAAUUGCGAGUUUAUAGUUUACAUUUUGAAGUUUAUAGUUUCACACAUCAAGAGAAAUCUUACCAACCUUAAGCAUUUUAUAAACUGAGUACAUUUCUAUGCAUUUGAUUGGCUCUCUCUGGCAAAAACCUCACAAUUGCAUGAUAAAUAUUGUCUUGGAUUGUUUUCUAGAUUUUAAACUAUGUUGGUCUUUCAUUAGAAAUGUUCUGCUCACUUUAUUUACUAGUAUCAAGAGAUUUCUUAACAGUUUACAGAGUAGUGUAAUAUCUGAGGACAAGAAGGGAAACAUAACUGUGUCUUGUUUAUCUGUGACACCUUUCUUGUUACAACAUCUGGUGGGAGUGUAUGCCGUAUUUUGCUGUGCUCAAUUUUAGCGUGUGUGUGCGCUGGGUGUUGUGGUUUGAGGACACAAAUUUGUGUAAUGGCAUUGCUAUGACCUAGGUAUCACCAAAGUCCCUUUAAGAAAAGUCAGUUCAGUAUGCGGCCAUUUUUGAAACCCCUCUCGGUUAAUGUGCUUCGGUAUUCUGUUUGCAUGGGGAUACAUCAAAUUCUCCAAAAUUGCCGGCCAAGCUUACGAUUACAUAUUAGUAAUCACUAAUUUGUGCAUUGACAUUAGCAUGACCUAGGUAUUACCAAAGUCCCUUUAAGGCAAGUCAUUUCACUCUGCUGCCAUCUUUGAACCUCCUCUCGAUUAGUAUGCUUGGCGUUCUGUUUGAACGGGGAAACAUCAAUUUCUCCAAAAUUGCUUGCCAAGCUUUCAAUUACAUAUUAGGAAUUGCUCAUUUGUGUUCUGACAUUGAUAUGACCUAGGUAUUACCAAAGUCCCUUUAAGGCAAGUCAUUUUAGUAUGUGGCCAUCUUUAAUACCCAUCUCGGUUAAUAUGCUUGGGCAUUCUGUUUGAAUAGGAAUCAUCAAAUUCUCUAAAAUUGUUUGCCAAGCUUAUGAUUACAUAUUAGGUAUCACUAAUAAAAUGAACCAACUGUCUUUUUACUUUAAUUUCUAAACAUUUGAAUCAUGGAAAAUCUGCACAAACUCACGUCUGAUCUGAGCCUCUCCAAUGGAGAAUCGUCAGUCUAUAGCGACUGAUGAUUGGCUCCUGUAGAAGAAGGCGGGGCUUCAUUGGCUAUAUUAACCGUUUCACUUUUCCGCAUUCAAAACUAUGAGUGACUUGUCUUGUGUAUCUUAUAGUGUUUGGUAUUACAAUGUUGAGGUGGUUUGAGUACAUCUCUUGUGUCCUCGUGCUUCAAAAUGCUUCAAAUCAUACUUAAUAAGGUCUUUUGACAUUUCAAAAUUUCUCAUGUUUUUUUGUGAGGAUUGGGCUUGGGGUAAAGCCAAAAUAAGUAGUCUUUUAUGUGUACGUCGAUGUAGAGUCCUCAUUAACCACAAAAACCAACAUGUGUAUGUUAUUGUAAGAGAGUGAUAUCGCUAGAACAGUGAUUGGGCUUGUUGGAUACACACUAAGGCUGAGUAAGGUUAUUUAUUCUUGAACUUGCGGUUUUUUUUUUGUCCAUCUGUACUUGCGUCUUCUUAAGGCUUCGCUAGGUUGAAGAGUUGUGUUAGAAUUAGUGUUUGCAUUCCUCAUGUUUGUGGUUUUGGAUGCGGUAGUCACAUGUGAAAUGAGCACAGGAGGAUUGUGGGUGAACUCAUAGUUGCUAGCAAGGGUCAUUGGAAAAUAUGCACUCACCAGAAUUUUUGCCCCCUCUCCAAGCGCUAGAUUUAAUAAACGGCGCUCAUAGAUUCCACAUUUCCAAAAAUACCUCACAUUUACCUCAAGUUAUUUGAUUAAUAAACUUGAUUCUUUUUAGUCUGAUUAGUUUUUUUCUUCCCUGUGUUUCUAGACUGUUGCCUAAUGAUUUCUCGGUUUGCUGUUAUAUUUUGUUUUACCUGUAAUUGUACCCAUAAUUUGAUCUCACUCCCUAGUGCCACGAGUUAAUAAAAUCAUGUCGACAUAAUAUUUUACUCUAGGGGAUGCACAUUGGCAGUAUUAUUACUGUUACUAUGCUUGGAAAUAUAACUCUGGUCCUCAGACUACAAUGAUUCUGGCUCAUUGGUUUUGAUCAGAUACAAAAUUUAGCGUCAAGGCUAGUUUAAAAUGGUGUUUUACCUGCCAUAGAAAUUAAUAAAAAGGUAACACUUUACAGUAAGGUUUCAUUAGAUAAUGUUAAUGUAUUUACUAAAAUAAACAAAAUAAUAAAGAUUUAUUACUGUAUUUGAUCCUCUUUGUUAGUUGAAAAUAGUCAUUCAUUGUUUGUCAUCAUAACCUCCUAGUGCAUUAAAUACAAUGAAUAAAUGCUGUACAAGUAUUGUUCAUUCUUAUUACAUACAUUUUUACAUUUACACACAUUUUUUUUGCCCGAAUCAGAAUUUUAUUAUUUUAUUUUAUUUUUAAUUUUUUAAAAUUAUUUAUUUAAUGAAAAUAAACGAUAAGUUAUUAACAUAAAUUCAGAAAUAUAUAGUUAUGGCAAAACUCAAAAAUAAACAUUUGCAUAUUUUUUCCAGUAUCGUGCAGCCCUAAUGGUAAAUCAAUCUCCUUUAUAAUAAAACCCACAAUAUAAAACUAAAACAAAUCUUAUUGUUUCCUCCUCCUUUUCCUUUUCUUUCAUCCCUCUGAGUACAUGAGUUUUAUUUUUGAUAUAUGUGGGCAUAAGCAUACAGACUUCAAAGUAGAAAUGUUUCAAUUCUGUUUUAGGCUGUGUGUGUGGUUGAAAUCGAGCUCUGAAAUGAAUCACUGUACCACCAUUAUUGUUCUUUUUUUUUUAAAGACAUUUCUUGAAACUGGAUUUCAGCUGUGUGUCUGCCUGUGUUUGGGCAUGCGUCUCUCCAUACAUUCAUUUUCAUGCCUCUCAAAUGGGCCAUGCAGAAAACGUGUGUAAUUUACCCCCAAAUGUAUACAUUUUCGAAUAGGUUCACAUUGUGGAUAUUUUAGAGAUGUGUAGAUAAUUGUUUUGUUUGUUUUGUUUUUUUAUUUAUGUCUGAAGCAUUAGGCCGAUUAUUAUUAGUGAUCAUGUUUCUAAUCGUUCACAGUGUGUAAUGCUUUUUAUUGGAUAAAUUUAAUUUCUCAACACGAGCUCUGCUGUAACGUAGCUACUGACCUACUUUUGGUUUGAAUUAUCCUGUUUAUCCUUUAUUUGUUGUGUUCAUUUAUCAUUAAUAAUCAGACACUGAAUCUUAAGAAUGAACAGAGCAUCUUCUGAAUUUAACAUGUAAACAGAAUCAUGUUAUUAAUGAAGGAUAUAGUGUAAACAUGGUGAUGAGAAACAAUAUUUUAUUUAUUAUUUUCCAAUGUUUUUAAAAAAUGACGUAGUCGGAUGUAAGCGAAUAUAUGACCGUUGUACAGAAUGGCUGAUUUCUUGUUUGCGUUCUGGAUCAAUCAGCUGAAAGUGUUGUAGCAUGAAUAUAAAGUACUGUGUCAGAGAGAUGUAAUGUGGAUUAAUGAUCGGAAUUACAGCUGUUAAAUAAAUGUGCAGGAAGCUGAAAAAGUA